AAAGUGUGUGUCUGUGUGCCAGUCACUCACUGCAUCGGGUCCAUCUGCACCGCUCGACUCCCCGGCCUCCUCCCCGCCUCGCCCGCCCGCUCCCCCUCCACCGCCCGCGCCCCGGUCCCCGGUCCGCCGCCUGCCCGGCCAUGGAGCGGCACUGAUACAAUAGCGCCGGGGGCAGCGGAGGCAGGAGCCCGUCUUUGUGCCACUUGUCGGGGCGAGGAUUAUAUUCCCACUCUCCCUGACAUGGAAGGCGCCGGCGUCCAGAGGGGAAUAUGGGAUGGGGACGCCAAGACGGUCCAGCAGUGCUUGACUGACAUUUUCACCAGCGUUUACACCACCUGCGACAUUCCGGAAAAUGCCAUUUUCGGCCCCUGUGUCCUGAGCCACACGUCCCUGUACGACAGCAUUGCCUUCAUCGCCCUCAAGUCCACUGACAAGCGCACCGUCCCCUACAUAUUUCGGGUGGACACGUCGGCAGCCAACGGCUCAUCGGAGGGACUGAUGUGGCUGCGGCUGGUGCAGUCGGCGCGGGAGAGGGAGGAGCAGAACCUGGAGGCCUACAUCAAGAGCGGGCAACUCUUCUACCGCUCCCUGCGCCGCAUCGCCAAGGACGAGGAGCUGCUGGUGUGGUACGGCAAGGAGCUCACGGAGCUGCUGUUGCUCAGCCCGGCCCGGGCCACCGCCCGUAGCAACGGCUCGGCGCCCUUCGCCUGCCCCGAGUGCAGCCAGCGCUUCCAGUUCGAGCUGCCCUUUGCCGCCCAUCUCCGGUUCCGCUGCCCCAAGAGGCUGCACGGCACCGACACCGGCCCCGCCGCCGAGGCUCCCGGCAGCAAGGACGGCGCCGGCAAAGAGCAGGAGACCGGCAAAUACUGCAAGCCUGGCGGGCCGCUCCACCACCCUUUCUCCGUCGCCGACGGCGGCAGCGCCGCCGCCGGCACCAAGCCCUCCACGGACUUCCACAACCUGGCGCGGGAGCUGGAAAACUCCCGCGGCGGCCACGGCGGGUCCCCGGGGCGACCGGCGCCCUCCGACGGCGUCCCCGAGGCGUCGGCCGGGAAAGCGAAGCGCCGGUACCCCGAGGAGGAGGAGCGGGGCCCCGGGGCGGGGUUGCGGGGCCGCUUCCCGUCGGAGCGGCCGGGGCUGCCCUCGGCGCCCAAGGAGGAGCCGGUGUGCGCCCCGCAGCAGCAGUACCGGGCGGCAGGCUCCUACUGCGGCUUGGAGGAGGGCGGCCGCCUCUUCACGCCGCCCAGCCCGGAGACGGGGGAGGCCAAGCGCAGCGCCUUCGUGGAGGUGAAAAAGGCGGCCCGUGGUCCUGAGCCCGACGGCGGCACCGAGGAGGGCCAGGAACGCUCCUCCCCUACCACCCCGGGGGCGAGCGGUGGGGAACCGGGGCUGUGCCCGCGGGGCGGCCCCGGGGGCCCGCUGGCCGCCCGCCUGGAGGGGGGCAGCCCGGCUCGGGGCAGCGCCUUCACCACUGUGCCGCAGCUGGGGAGCGGCGGCGGCCCCAGCGGUCCGGGCGGCGGAGCGGAGGAGAGGAAGAGCGCCUUCUCCCAGCCCGCCCGCUCCUUUCCCCACGUCCCGCCGCUGGUGCUGGGCCAGAAGCUGGGCGGCCUGGGCGAGCCAUGUCCUGACGGCGCUGCCGCCCCCGCCCGUCUCUACGCCACCGAGGCGCUGGCCGUCAAGCUGCCGGGCGGCGGGGAGGCAGCGAGCGGCGGGGGUGGCGGCGGCGGCGGUGGGGGACUGCCCAAGCAGAGCCCAUUCCUCUACGCCACCGCCUUCUGGCCCAAGAGCUCGGCGGCGGCGGCGGUAGCGGCGGCGGCGGCGGGGCCGCUGCAGCUGCAGCUGCCGUCGGCGCUGACGCUGCUGCCGCCGUCGUUCACCUCGCUGUGCCUGCCGGCCCAGAACUGGUGCGCCAAGUGCAACGCCUCUUUCCGUAUGACCUCGGACCUGGUCUACCACAUGCGCUCCCAUCACAAGAAGGAGUACGCGCUGGAGCCCCUCGUCAAGCGGCGCCGCGAGGAGAAGCUCAAGUGCCCCAUCUGCAACGAGUCCUUCCGCGAGCGCCACCACCUCUCCCGCCACAUGACCUCGCACAAUUAGCGGGGACCUCCCUUCUCACCCCACCCCGGGGACACCCUGCCCGACCCCCCGCGGAGGGCAGCGGCCGCCCGUCGCUUUCUUUCCUUUCCUUUGAUGCACGCAUUUUCACUUUCCGGGGAGGGGAGGGGGAGUGGCGGAGAGGACAGCGGGGGAGAAGAGGAAGAGAAGAAGACGAAAAAUAGGAAGGAAGAAAAAAAAAAAUAAAAGCACUGGGGAAAAAAAAAAAGGAAAUUACUUACAAAAAAUACAUUUUUUAAAAUGUCAUAUAUUGCAACAUAUUGAUGCAUUUGUCAUACGUUUCUACUUAAAUUAUUAAGCACUUAUGGUUUAGAUGUAAUAAUAAUUAUAUGUGGGGGUAAAUUUUUAUUUUAGAUAUAAAGCUAAAGGCGAGGAGGAGCGUGGCGGGGGCGGCGGGCCGGGGAACUCUGCAUGCACCGGGCACCUCCCGCCUGCCCGGUCCCCACCGCCCACGGCCCGCCUCCCUUUUACUACAGAGUGUCACUUGGUGCCCGUGAAAUGAUGUCUCAAUAGUUAUGUGUUACCUUUCCUUUGUUUUUGUUUUUAUUUUUUUUCUCCAAAAGAUUUAUUAAACUUUAUAGUUUAUCUGGGUAUGUUGGAUGCUUUGACAAUAAAUGACUUUAUUUUCUUCAAA